AUGGACGUUGAAUCCGCAACUGCCCCGGUGCCUGUCCCCCAGGCACCUGAAAGUGUCCCGCCUCCUGUUCAAGAGAGUGAGGAGGUGAUGAUCUCGGACGUGCCCGAGACAGAGGCGCCUAGCUCGGCGCUGGAUGGCGAUGUCUCGGAGAUCGCCGCCGACACGACGAUGGAAGGCGGGCCGAGCACCUCGAAGCGUGCGCCCCGCCAGUACGUCCCGCCGCAGAAAGGAACGACUGUAUUUCCCCUUGCGCGUGUGUCGAAAAUUAUCAAGGCCGACAGCGCAGUGGACAUUUGCAGCAAAGAGGCGACGUUUUUGAUCAGUGCUGCUACGGAGCUGUUUAUCAAAAAGUUUGUCGAGGAAGGAUGUACGAAUGCACGUAUGGACAAACGCAAAAUGGUCCGCUACGAUGAUAUGGCCAUGCAACAGCGUGCUGAUCUUGCGCAGAGCGGCGAGGGCCAUGCACUGGAUGUGACGGCCGAGACGCCUGCAGAGGAGCCUGCCGAGACGCCCGUUGGCGCCCCCCAUGCCGAGAGCCAAGACCUGGACCAUAUUUCUGGCGUGGCGAGUGAACCGGCCCCCUAUGCGUCUAUACCCGAGGUGCCUGCCUCUUCUGGUCAGCCCGUCGAAAACAGACUGAUGCUGUGA